AUGCCUAGUACUAGUGAAUAUGUGCCGGUUAAUUUAGAGGAACCUAGAAUGGUAGUUGAAUCUAGUGAUACAAUGCAAAUGGUAAACGAUGCAUUUUGUGAAAACAUCUCUUCAUUUAUAGAAGACGGAGAGAGAGUUGACGAACCAAAUUUAGAAGCAAGGAGAUUUUUUGAUAUGUUGGAUGCAGCUAAGCAUCCAAUAUAUGAGGGUUGUAAAAAAGAUCAUUCUCCUUUAUCGGCUGCAACUAGGAUGAUGACCAUAAAAUCAGAUUUUAAUUUGGCAGAAGACUGUGUAGAUGCAAUUGCUGAUUUUGUGAAAGAUUAUCUCCCCGAAGAUAAUAUGUGUCCAGCUUCUUACGACGAGGUCGAUAAACUUGUUUCGGGUCUAGGUUUGCCAUUUCAAAUGAUAGACGUUUGCAUCGACAACUGUAUGAUUUACUGGAAAGCCGAUGCGAACUACUUGGCAUGUAAAUUUUGUGGUAAACCCCGAUUUAAGGUCACUAGUGGAAGAGCUAAGGUUCCAUAUAAACGUAUGUGGUAUUUGCCAUUAGCUGAUAGGCUUAAAAGGUUAUAUCAAUCGGAACGCACAGCAAGUGCUAUGAGAUGGCAUAAAGAGCACUCAAGUGAAGGAGAAAUUGUGCAUCCCUCAGAUGCAAAAGCAUGGAAGCACUUUCAAUCAAUUUAUGAGGAAUUUGCAUCAGAGAGCAGAAACGUCUACCUCGGAUUAUGUACUGAUGGUUUCAACCCAUUUGGAAAACAUGGAAGGCAAUAUUCAUUAUGGCCAGUAAUUGUCACACCUUACAAUUUGCCCCUCUCUUUGUGCAUGAAACGAGAGUUUCUAUUUCUCACCAUACUUGUUCCUGGUCCAGAACAUCCCAAACGAUCUCUUGAUGUUUUCUUACAGCCGCUGAUUUAUGAGUUGCAAGAGUUAUGGGCAAAUGGUGUAGAAACAUUUGACAUUUCAUGCAGACAAAACUUCAAGAUGCAUGCAGUACUUAUGUGGACUAUCAGUGAUUUUCCUGCAUAUGGAAUGUUGUCUGGAUGGACAACACAUGGAAGGUUAUCGUGUCCACAUUGUCAGGAUAGUACUGAUGCAUUUCAGUUGAAACAUGGAAGAAAGACGUGUUGGUUUGAUUGUCAUAGAAGAUUUCUACCGAGUUCACAUCCUUAUCGUCGAAGCCAGACAUUGUUUACAAAGGGAAAAGUUGUUCAUGAUCCACCACCACCAGAGUUAGAUGGUAACUAUUUAUUGAGGCAGCUUGGAGAUUUUGGGGCAGAUACGACUGCUGAAUGCGGUGGAAAUGGGCAUGGCCCAGUCGAUGGUUAUGGAGAGUAUCAUAACUGGCAUAAAAAAAGUAUUUUUUGGGAUUUGCCGUAUUGGAAAGACCAUUUGCUACGGCAUAAUCUAGAUGUCAUGCACAUUGAAAAGAAUUUUUUCGAUAACAUCAUGAACACAAUUUUAAAUGUCCAAGGGAAGACAAAAGACAACUUAAAGUCCAGAUUAGACUUGCCUGGUAUAUGUGCACGAGAUGAGCUACAUAUUAUGGCCAACGGAAAAGGUCCUACUCCCAAGUUUAGAUUGAGUCCAACUGCAAGGGAAGUAUUUUUUCAGUGGCUAUUAAGUAGCGUUAAAUUCCCUGAUGGAUAUGCUUCUAAUCUAAGGAACUGUGUUGAUAGUCAAGAGGAGCGGUUAUCUGGGAUGAAAAGUCAUGAUUGCCAUGUUUUCAUGCAACGCCUACUUCCAUUUGUAUUUGCGGGACUCCUACCAAAAGAUGUUCAUGAAGCUAUUGCUGGGAUAAGUGCUUUUUUCCGAGAUCUUUGCACAAGAUCACUCACAUUUGAUGGAAUUCGACAAUUAGAGUUGAACAUACCAAUUAUUCUUUGCAAUCUUGAAAAGAUUUUUCCACCAUCUUUUUUUGAUGUAAUGGAACAUCUAGCAAUUCACCUUCCUAGAGAAGCAGAACUUGGUGGUCCAGUUCAAUACAGGUGGAUGUAUCCAUUCGAGCGGUUUAUGUUUCACUUGAAGAAAAAGGUCAAAAAUUUAGGUAGAGUUGAGGGUUCCAUUGUCGCUCAGACCAUUAAAGAAGAAACAUCAAACUUCUCUGCUUACUACUUUGCCCCACAUAUUCAAACAAAGAGUAGAAAACCGGGCCGUAAUGACGAUGGAGGAGAAAAGCCCCAUUACAUAUCCGAUGUUCCAGAUAUCUUUGCACAAGUAGGACGACUAAGUGGAAAACGCAAAAAGCGUUGGUUAACAGAUGAAGAGAUUAAACACUUACAUAUGUAUAUUCUUCUCAACUGUGACGAACUACUGCAAUAUGAAAGGUGCGCAUAUGUUUGA